UUUGCUUCCUCCUUUCAUUCUUAAUUUCCUUGCUCAUUUUCUAAGCUCUUAAAAAUCAUCAUCAUGGGUGUCUUCACAUACGAAACCGAAUACACCUCAGCCAUCCCCCCUGCUAGGUUGUUCAAUGCCCUUUUUCUUGAUAUUGACAACCUCAUCCCAAAGAUUGCUCCACAAGCAAUCAAAACUGUUGAAAUUCUUGAGGGGGAUGGCGGUGUUGGAACCAUCAAGAAAGUUAGUUUUGGCAAAGGGAGUGAAUACAACUAUAUAAAGCACAAGGUUGAGGGACUUGACAAAGAUAGCUUUGUGUAUAGCUACAGUCUGAUUGAAGGAGAUGUCAUUUCUGACAAACUUGAGAAAAUCUCUUAUGAGAUUAAGUUGGUGGCAUUUGGCACUGGUUCCAAUAUCAAGAGCAUCAGCCACUACCACACCAAGGGAGAUGUUGAGAUCAAAGAAGAACAUGUUAAGGCUGGAAAAGACAAGGCCCUUGGUCUGUUCAAGCUUAUUGAGAACCACCUUCUGGCAAAUCCUGAUGCCUACAACUAAAACCAUCUAUUUGGCAACAAACUUGUGUCUUGCUUUCUCCGUUUAUUCAAGUGUGUGGUUUUCAAAUUUUCAGCAUACCAAAGCAAUUCUCUGACUUGCACUUUGGAUAUGAUUACAGAGCAAUGCUGUAUUUAAUUUUAAUCUAAAUAAAUAAUAUAUAUACUACUUAUAUGUAAGUUAUUCGAUGAUAUUUAGCCU